CCCAGAGGCUGCCAGAGCAUCUGGGUGUGUGUGGGCAGGCGAGCAGGCAUGCGUCCACGGGUGGGAGACUGGGUGCUCCAGUAGGUGGGCAACUGUGGGAGGGCUGUACCUUUGGGGAGGUGGUCCUCCCUCAGCCUGGGUGAGGGUACCAGUGCCCCCUUCCAGCUGGCUGUGAGGGCCAGCAAGGACUGUCCCAAGGGCCGUUGGCCCUCAGGCCCAGGAUCUGCACCCUCCCUGUCCAUUCAGCAUGGAAUAGCCAGCCCUGCCCCCCGUACCUUGUCUUGGGGGUGAUUUACCUGUGAUGGGAGGGUCCUGCUGAGAGGCAGGAGCUGGAGGGUGCAUGAGUGAAUGAGCACUUGAGGCAGGUGGGGAGCUGUAAGUUUGGACCAGGGCACGGGCUGGAGGGGAGGCUGCUCAGUCUGGCGUCAGCAGGGUGCCAGCCUCAGCCCCUUUUCUUUGGGACCCUGCCAUGGGCCUCCUGGUCUUUGCCUGCUGCACCAGACUGGAACCCUGCAGGCUCUUCCUACUGACUCCUCCCCCCUGCCCCCACCCCGCACUGUUCCCCCUCCCACAUCUACCUGGGAGAUUCCCCUUCAUCUACUGUCACAGCCUGUGGGUGCCCCCAUUUCUACCUCUCCACAGGUGCCUAAAACAGAGUGGCUCACUGCUUUAUCCCAGAAUUCGUGUCCAUUCUAUCUGCAGACCUGUGACUUCAGAGAUCUCUGUAGAAUGGAUGACACGGGAGGGACAGUUAUUCUGCUGUGGACCCCAACCCCAGGGGCAUACCCAACUGAACAACCCCACCUCAUUCACCCAGCACCCCUUGCAGCCUGUCUGUCUGUCCCCAGGGAAAUUUACUUUUGGCUUUGAGUGCGUUGACUGUGCUCCUGGGACCUUCUCUGAGGGCCGUGAUGGCCGCUGCAAGCCAAGGGCUGACUGUUCCCGGCUGGGGUUCCCCACUGUGUUCCCUGGGAACAGGACUCACAAUGCUGUGUGUGGCCUGGGGCCCCCCACUGAGUCAUGGCACCCCCUGACCCUGGCCCUCCUCGCUGUGGCCACCUGUAUCCUUGUCCUGGUCACUGUCCAGCUGGGCCUGCACAUCUGGAAGCUAAGGAGCGCACGCACAUGGCACCGAGGGACACAGCGGCCCCGGGAGGUGCCAAUGGCCGAGGACACCUGCAGCUACCAGUUUCCUGAGGAAGAGCGGGGGGAGCGACUGGCAGAAGAGAAGGGCCGGCUCGGGGACCUGAGGGUAUGAGGUCUGGCCGUCCUUGUGAGCAGCACCAAGCAGGCCCUCCCAGGAGCUUGCCUGGGUGGGAAGAGCAGCCCUGCUUUGGUCCCAGCUCUGGGCCCAGCCCUGCUCCCUCAAUGGAGGAAGUGGGUGUAGGAUGGUGACAGUGACGUGUGUCCUGACCAUGUGAAAGAGGCAGCCACAGUAGCAGGGCCUUGUGGUAGACAAAGACUUGGCUUUGACCACAGUCCCACCCUUGUCAGUCCUGCUGGGUGGUGUUCGAAGGCCAGAGUGCUGACCUGGGCCCAGGGGCUGUACAGUGGGCAUCCUGUGCCUGGCCUGGCCAGGUGGUUGGUCAAUAAACGCUUGCCAAGUUA